AGAAAGAGAGACCAGAAAAGAAGACCUCAUUAAUCAAAAGCUCAAAAUCGCCUUCAAUGGAUGCUAAGAUCGGACAAUUCUUUGACUCCGUCGGUUCCUUCUUCAGCGGCAGCGAUAAGAUCCCAUGGUGCGACGGAGAUGUCAUCGCUGGAUGUGAAAGAGAGGUUCGAGAAGCCACAGAUGCUGGCUCUGAAGAUCUUAAGAAAGAGUGCUUGAUGCGAUUGUCGUGGGCUCUUGUUCAUUCCCGUCAAACCGAAGAUGUGCAACGCGGAAUAGCCAUGCUUGAAGCAUCUCUGGAAAGCAGUGCCCCUCCAUUAGAGGACCGAGAGAAGCUUUAUCUUCUUGCUGUUGGAUAUUACAGAAGUGGGGACUACUCAAAGAGCAGGCAGCUUGUGGACCGCUGUAUCGAGAUGCAAGCUGAUUGGAGACAAGCUUUGGUACUAAAGAAGACCAUCGAAGACAAAAUCACAAAGGAUGGUGUUAUAGGGAUAGGGAUCACUGCUACAGCCUUUGGAGCCGUGGGUCUCAUAGCCGGUGGUAUCGUAGCGGCGAUGUCUCGCAAGAAAUGAAAACCACAACCAUGACUUCUUCUCUGUGUAUACAAUGGCAGCUUACUCUUUUUUUUCAAGUUUUUUUACCCUCUUUGACUAUGUUUUCCACUGCUUGCUUCACAAUUUGAAUAAUUCUUCAGAGUUUUA